UAGAAUUGCACUGUAAGAGGACACAAGUAGGACCACACUUUGCUGGAAAUACCUUGGAUAUUCAGAGAAAUAAUCCUUGAUGAUAAGGCAACAAAGGAAGUAACACAUCAUCAGAAAGCAAAAUCUAAAUUGAAUUUUUAAUCCCAAGUGGAGCACCAUUUGGAUCAUUAAGUGAUGACAUCCUAUGAAUCUCAAGGUCAGUCUCCGACAAGGUGUGGGCCCCAGUUUCCUAGCUUGGGUCAGGAACCUCCGGAAUUGAGUCUGUUUAGUGACAGUUACUAUCCCCCUCCAUCACUGCCAAGUCCACAGCGAACAAACCCUUCCUCGUACGACCUUGGAGACUAUGCUGCCUCAUCUCCUAACCCCUACCUGUGGUUCAACAGCCCAGGGAUGAACAACACUCCCUAUCUGGGUGGGACACCUGGCCCUGCAGGACCCUCUUUCGUUCCGCAGCACUAUGGUAUGCAAAGGCCUUAUCUGGGACCUGGUGGACCAGGUGGUCCUGGAGGUGAUCUGGCCUGGUUCUCCAUGCCCUCUCAGGAGGAUCUUAUGAAGCUGGUCAGGCCACCUUAUUCAUACUCAGCACUGAUUGCUAUGGCCAUCCAUGGUGCUCCUGAUCGUCGCCUGACUCUAAGUCAGAUUUAUCAGUACGUGGCAGACAACUUCCCUUUUUAUAACAAGAGCAAGGCUGGAUGGCAGAACUCUAUUCGUCACAACCUCUCACUGAAUGACUGUUUCAAAAAGGUCCCACGAGAUGAGGAUGACCCUGGUAAAGGUAAUUACUGGACCUUAGAUCCAAACUGUGAAAAAAUGUUUGACAAUGGCAACUUCAGACGCAAGAGGAAGAGAAAGUCUGAAAGUCUCCCAGAAAAGGGCAGUUCUGGAGGUAAUCUGGGCUCUGAGUCAGGAGACAGUAAUAGCAGAGGCAGCCCGAAAAAUCUAGCCUCUGACAUAUCCACUUCCACUGAAAAGCGUCCUUCACCCGCGUCUAUGGGUCCAUCCCCAUGCUUGAGCAACUUCCUGACUGAGAUGUCUGGUGUGUCCGCUGGUUCCCUAGACGUUGACGAAGAUCCCCUGAGUCGUCCUUUUACUCUCAGUCUGCCAGUGGAUGGAGCACAGAGAACCUCACAACCAACAGGCUUCAGCACCUACUCCCCCAGCGCCCCAGUGUCCGAGUGGGCAUCACCUUUGCCUCCACCCCCACCCACUCCCAUCUCCCCAUCAUCCUCCCACUCCACUUUAGGUUACAGUGGCCCUGCUAUCAGUCAGUUUAAUGGGCAUUUCUACCAUAGUUUGAGCUCGACUGGUCUUCUUUACCCCCGGGAGGGCACAGAGGUGUAGGAGAGGAAGCAGGUAACAGCAAGAAUAGACAAGCUAAUGAUCAAUUCACAAAACAGACUCUGGGGGUAAGGAAAGAAACUGUUGUUUAUGUGAAACUGUAUACUGUUGUUGGCCUGCUUUAACUGAACUCUGCUGAGAAGAGUCCUGUGUGCAUGAGAUACGAAUGAAUUCCCACAGGAAUGGCCUAGUCAGCAUGAGAUAUGACAGGCUGACACCAGCAAAGACCCCUGGUACCAGUAGCUCUGAUCUAGGGUUGACUGCUGACAUCAAGCCAUUUUACUCAGCUAUCUCAUUCUUUCUUAACUCAUAUUACUGACACUGAAGUACCUGCAAUGAAACCGAACAGAUAAAUUGCGUCUAAUGCGGGCCACAGAGAAAAUACAUGCAGUGGAGCAGGUUUUCUUUUGCUGCAUGCAGGCAUUGUAACAUGAUAAUGUCAGACUUUGUUUUAACUUUCUGUAUUUUGUGUAAAGUUGGGUUCGUGUGAAUGUUUGAGUGUAUUUUACUAUGAGGUCUUUAAUGGGAUGUGUGUGUUUUUUUUUUUUUAAAUAAAUAAUUUAAAGAGCAUUAGCAUGAAUGUUACUGAAUUGAAUAAUAUAACUUUUUUGAACUAUACACCCUUUUAAUUUUUAUGAAAUGCCCACCCUGACUCAGAUUUAGUGUCCACAAAAAAAAAAAAAAAGAUGACAUUGAAGGAAAAAUAUAACUUGUUUCACAAGGUCAGUCUAACUGUAGUCACUCCGUUUUUUCUCUUACGUGUUUGAUUUGGGAUUAUGUAGGCUACUGCUGAUCCCACAGUUUUUGGAAGGGCUUCAACUAUAUUUAAAAUUUGUCAGCAUUUGUAUAGUGAUGAUGACAUGGGUUAUAAUAUGUUCAAAGAAAGCACACAAACAGAUGAGAAGUUGAUAUUUGUUUAGUUAACAAGAAAUCUGUUACAGCCACACAGUAACUGAUAGUUAACAGAUUCCUUCACAUUCUGAUAUUGUUCAUCCACCAUUCAAUGUAGGCAUUGACAAGACACAUUUUUGUGCAUAUCCGUGGAUGCUGAAAAUGCAUUAAUAAUCCAACAAUUACUAAAAAUUAUAAACAAGACAAAAUUAUUAUGCGAUUUAUGUAUGUCUACAGAUUUCUUUGAACUUUUUUUUCCUCACAAAAAAGUGCUCAUUAAGUAAUUUGCCUGUUUUUAUAAUUUGUAUUGGUUUAGUCCUAUUUAAGGAUAUUAUUUAUUCCAAAUAGUGGCAAUGUAUCACUUUAAUGAUCCAAACUAAAUAUUUUUUUGGUACAGACAAACUGAACAUUGAGAACAGUUUCUGAGACAUGAUUCUAGGGCCCCGGGCAAUUUCUGGAGCAGAGGAGGUGUGUGCGUGUGUGUGUGUGUGUGUGCGCGCGUGUGCAUGUGCGUGCAUGUGCGCAUGUGUGUGUGUGUUUGUACUGUCAAGAUGUCCAUAAACAUUCUAAGUGCCUACAUGGUGGAGAGUUUUUUUUGGCAACCUUCACCAAGUUGUUGAGUUCACCAACAGACAAGUUGUAUCAGUAAAUCAGUUGUCUUGACAGAAGGGAAUUUAUCUGGGUGUCUUUAUAUGACUUAAGAGGACCUAUUAGGAGGUAGAAAUUUACCAAGUAGCCUUCAGCCCAGAUCAUAUAAUAACAAGUGUUUUGCAUAACAGCUCACAGUGCACCUCAGGAUAUCACUGAAUAUUUUUUUUAAGAAUUAUUCAAAUCUGCUUUCUCCGUAUUCCAUUUUACUUUCUUUUUAAUCCUUGCAAGAAGUUUAAAUAAAUAGAGACUGAGCCCUGAAGCAAAUCCAUGCCGAAGGGUGGCUCCUUUUCAGAUGGGGAAAUCUGUGGAUUUAUUAUUAAGGCCAUUCUUCAUUCAUGGUUACAUGCAGAAUGCAUGCCCUUAUAUAGCACAUCAGAGAAUUAUUAUCAAUAAUAAAAUUCUAUUUUUCUGUGUGAGGAGUUAUUAUAAUUCCUUUUGACUUGUUAAAAAUCUCUGAGGGAGAGAAAGACACAUGUUAUUCGAAUGCAGCUAAGGACAUAGGAAUAUGAACAGACAGCUACUCUUCAAAUAUGACAUAUAUUUUUGGUUAUUUGCUUUGAUUUUGUUUUUAUGCAGCGGUGCAUAUAGCCUAUACCAUGGCAUAUUCUUUAGCCUAUAUUUCCAUGCCAGCCAAGCACCAGACUACAGGCAGCUGUGGCAGGUGAAGGUAGGGAAGAAGAACUUGUUCUAAUUUGUACCAUCUGCUUCAAUGUGCCAAAAAGAAACAGAAAAAAACAAACAUGCUGACAAAAACUGACAAUAAAGCAAAUUUAAGGAAAGUUGGCUUUUACUUUGAAAACUCUAUACCCUCAAACUAAACUGUAUAAUGCAAAUUACUAACUGCUUAUUUUACUACUUGUAAACACACUGUUCUUAUUUGGCAUAUGUGUAUAUGAACUGUUGUGACUGUUUUCCACUCAGACAGUGAUAUUCAGACACAGUGCUGAGCGAAUUACUUGUGAAUUGUAAUCUGGUACUGAUUAAAAAUUACAUGACAAAAAAU